UCUUUCUAUUCAUCACGCAUCACGGAAACAAGUUGAUUGUACGCUGAUUACCUAACGUAGUAGUCUGGCUUGACGGCGAAUCGCAGCCAACUCAUUACUAGAAAGGAGCGACACAUUGCUCAAUUCAAAACAGACAGAAAUCAGAAAUCAGAAACAUAAUCGACAAUGGCACCCGCUCUCGACGUCUACGACGCCUCGUCCAAGGAAAACCGCACGGUAGCGGCGUUGGGCAAAACCACUUCAGGCAAACAACUCAAGAUUCGCUCGUAUCCCAAGUUCGACAGUCUCGAGGAGGAGCGCCUGUACAGAAAACAGCAUCUGGCCGCGGCGUUUCGCGUGUUUGCUGACAGGGGGUUCGACGAAGGUGUCGCAGGUCAUAUCAGUGUUCGAGACCCUAUCUUGCGGGAUCAUUUUUGGCUCAACCCUCUUUCCCAACACUUUAGCCAGAUCAGUGUCAGUGAUUUGAUCCUGGUCAACGAGGACGGCGAUGUGGUGAUAGGUGACGAGCCCAUCAACGCAGCGGCGUUUGCGAUCCACAGCGAAAUCCACAAGGCGCGACCAGACGUGGAUGCGGCGUGCCAUGCCCACAGUGUCUAUGGCAAGGCUUUUUCGGUCUUUGGCCGGGAACUAGAUAUGAUGACGCAGGACGCCUUGCGCUUCUACAAGUCGCACGCCGUAUACGACAACUUUGGCGGCGUGGUGCUCGACCGAGAGGAAGGCAAACGCAUUGCUAAGGCCUUGGGCAACGGCAAAGCCGUCAUUCUGCAGAACCACGGUCUACUCACCUGUGCAAAGACGGUCGAUGCCGCUGCAUUUUGGUUCAUCAGUCUCGACAAGACCUGCCAUGCUCAACUCCUGGCCGAUGCCGCCAGUGCUGGAUCUGGUUACAAGAAAAUCCUCAUCAACGACGACGAGGCCGAGUAUUCGUACGCACAGGUCGGCACCGACGAGAAGGGCUGGUUAGCGUUCCAAGGUUAUUACGAUGAGCAGCUCGCCAAAACCAAUGGCAGUUUCUUGAAAUAAGAAUUGCUGGUCUAGUGGAUAGACCAGGGGGCAAAGCCAUAUGCAUGAUGACUCGAAUUACAUGACUGUAUUUGGUAGGGCCUUCAGGUGAUGUCACCAGAGCUGGAUAAUGUCCUUCCGCGUCUGACUGACGAUGGUGGCGUUUACACGGAUGGCAGGCCGUGGAUGGAAAUAGUACUGAGUAGGUGGGAUUGUUUUUGCUCACCACAUCUAAGCACGAACGAAAGACAUGUACCAUUCGUAUUCG